CAGUGGAUACUGCUGCUGGUGCUCUUAGCAACGGUGCCUCAGCAACAGAGCCACGGCAACGGAGCACCACGGCAACAGAGUGCCGUGUCUCCCCUUAUGGAGCUUCCAUUGGGCGGGCCGGCGCUGAGGCACUACACCCGCAGCAGACCUAGACCACACCGACAAAACCAACACCUCCGCCCCAGCAGACCACAGGUACAGAGAGAUGGAGAAAAAGGGGUGCUGUGUAGAGGCAUAAUGGAAAGGAGGGGGAGAUAGGGUACAGUGGGGAGAGGCAGGGGGAAUGGAAGGAGGGAAGAUGCCUGGUGCCUGUUUGAUUCAAGGUACUUGGAUAGCAACAGCAACCAGCUGCUUGCGUAUUCAAAACCAAUAGUGUGUUUGGGGGGAUUGCAUUUGUGUAUAGGAUUGUGACUGUAUGUGGCUAAUUUCUAGGGCUAUAUAAUGCUUCCUCUGAAAGCUGGCGGGCUUUUUCUUGGUAGGUGUGUGUGAAUUUUCUCUACCUUAGCCAUCAUCACCUUAUCUAUUGUAUGCCUCCUGCCAUUGGCGCUGUAUCAGUCACGAUCAGAGUUAACACGUGAUGCUGGUUUUAUUGGAUGAACUAAACCAAACCUAAUCAAUCACAUGGGCAGCCUUAGUGCCACAGGACAUGACAUCAUAAGGUCUUACUUGUUUUCUGAGUCAGUCAUUGGUAAUUGUACAUACCAAUGGUAGUGUGAUAAUGUAGAUCUAGGGGAUACAUGUCUGAGGUGUUGUUGAUGUGUCUGUGUAUAUUCUGUGUGUCAGGGAAGUCUGAGCCCAUGAAGUAACAAUGUUAUGUAAUAAUUACUAUGUGCUAUAUGAAAGAAACUGCUCUCAGUAACCUCCUGAUAUCCAACAUAGCACUCUUUCCACCAAUUGGAAACUCUUUCGCUUUCUAUUUCUCUGGUAGUCUAACUGCACUCACACACAUACACCUAAUAAUCACAGAUACCGUAACACUUAUCAUCUCUUUCUCUGUGCGUGUGUGCAUGGGUUUGACACAGGAAUCGGUGGUUGACAAUGAAAAUGAAGUCCCUGAUCACAUGGGGCGAGUUGAUGAGGGAGUUGAGGAGUUCUUUACUAAGCGAGUCCUUCCUGUCGACGCUCUGUGAGUAUCUGACCAAACUCAUCCUAGACAAUCUCACUCUUCACUAUCUCAUCCCCAACACAUCUUAACCAGCUCACAGUAAACCUCUUUAAAUUUGAGUCAUUUAUGAGAUGCUCAUAUUCAUAAAAACCUACAAUAAGUACAUUCAAUAAAUAUAAUACGCAACAUUUUCCUGACUACGUUACCUGCGUGCAGGCCCUAGCUUGUCCAGGUCAGGCCACAUGGCCAGGAAAGACUCAGGGCCCUAUGAUUGACAAACACACACAUGCUGGUCCUGUGCUACUCUGACUCUUCCUCCAGGAAAACACAGAAUGAGGCUGAGGAACCUCCCAUUACUGAACAGGAAGUGGAAGUAGCACCUGCUAGCGCCGCCCCUUGCCCCGCCCCUUCCAGGACCCUAAGGAGGAAGCUGGGCGAGUUCUUCACCCUUAAAAAGCGGAGAGCUGUGAAGUCAGAGGGAAGCCAAGAGGGGAAGGCCAAGAAGACCUCCAUCGCUGACCUGAUCCGGCCUCUCAGGGAGGCCGCCAGAGCUGAAAAAGAUAAAGUGAAGGAGAAUGAAAAAGAGAAGGAGAAAGAGAGUGUGGAUGACAGCGUUGUGACAGGAGAUUCAGUGGAAGCAGAAACCCCUCCUUCUGAUGGUCCCACUCCACUGAGGGCUGAGGCUCCACCCCGUCGUGCGCUAAGAGAGGGGAAGUCACAGUCUCUCAUUCUGCUCUCUGGAUCCGCAACCCACACUGGGAACACCAAGAACACUGCACAAGGGAAGGUAGGUAUUCUAAUGUAUUCAAAACUGACCCUUGAAAAAAUGUGAUGAGUUAAAGCAAUUUGGUAAAAAAUUCUACAUAGCCUAUGAGAGGAUCGCUCUUAUUUUUUUGUUUUAUUUUGAUUAUUCUUUAGUUCGGAUUGGUUCUUAUCGGCACUGACUGCUUCUCCUUGGUCCUGGUUGGUUUCAGAAACACUCAUCUGACGGCCAUCAUGGCUUUGAGCAGCGCCUCCAACUCGUGCUACAACGUAUUGGUGUGUCCAAAGCUCAGCCAGGAGAAACACAGGUGUGUAUGUGCAUUUAUCUGAGUGUGUAUGUACGAGUCUAUAUGUAUGUGGUUGUGUGUCUAUAAGGAAAACAUAAACAUUUCUUAUUCCAUUCUACAGAGUCAGGAGGGAGAGAUGAAAAAAGCUGAAUCAGAGGGUAAGUCCCUUUACUCAUAUAACACUUGCUACAGUAUAUGUGCGAGUCUGUGUGUGGUGUUGGAUGUGUGUGUUCGUUCAUUUUCUGUCUUGGUUUCAGGUACUAUCAUCGAUAAUAAACCUGAGCCCCCACCCACAUUUAUGAAGCCCCGGACCAUGUCCACCUCAUCAGGUAACACACACACACACACAAACACACACAGACAAACACACACACACUAUUGCAUACCAUUUUGUGUAUCUUAUACUCAUCUUCUUUGUCUUUAGAUACGAGACGUCCGGUCCGACAGAGUGUGUCCGCACAUGAGUCAGCUGGGAAACCUGCUCUGCCUCCUAAGCCAAUAAUUAAGCGAGGCCCAACCCCACCUCCCACUAUCUCCGGUCAUCUCACCCCUGAGAAUGACCUAGCCCAAAUACAGGAAGGAGAAGCAUGUUCCCCCACAGACCCCACCCCUAGUAUCACUGAUACCCCUACCAGUUCUAAACCUAUCCCCACUGAAGCCACUAUUCCCAUCACUGUCCCAGAUCCCACUAACUCUUCUAUUAUCACUGACACCAUCAUUCCCUCCCCUGUCCCAGAUCCCACUAACUCUUCUAUUAUCACUGACACCAUCAUUCCCUCCCCUGUCCCAGAUCCCACUAACUAUUCUAUUCCCACUGACACCAUCAUUCCCUCCCCUGUCCCAGAUCCCACUAACUCUUCUAUUCCCACUGACACCAUCAUUCCCUCCCCUGUGCCAGAUCCCACUAACUCUUCUGUUCCUACUGACACCAUCAUCCCCUCCACCUCCCCUGUCCCUGAACCCACUAACUCUUCCAUCCCAGUUUCUAUUACCGCUACUUCCUCUAAUACAACCCCCAAUGACAUUAUCACCUCUACGACGUCUGCACCUACCCCUAUCAAUACUACAGCCCCCACCCCCAACACCACCACCUUUAUCCCCAGUACUAACCCUACCACAACCACUACCUCCAUCACAACUACAUCGGCCCCUAUGAAUAUUACAACUUCCAGACCCCCUUCUGACAUUAACACUGUUUUUAUCCCCACUAUUAACCCCACCCCAACUUCCCCUACCUCCACUGACUCCACCACCCCAACCACCUCUACGUCUGCCAUCCCUAAUCUAGCCACCAUCACCAUUACAAGCAUUACUGCCCCAACACCUGUUAACACUAAUACUGAUACCCCUACAUUAACAACCCCCACCACUAAUGCUUCUACCCCUACCCUUACUGAUACUGCUGCCUCAACUUCUACUGACUCGACAACUCCAACACUAAAUACUUCUAACUCCAUAAUUGCUUCUGCUGCCAACAACACUUAUACUCCCACCUCCACUAACUCUCUGUGUCCCACCCCAACUACCCUCACUACUAACUCAGUUACCCCACCUCUAUCAUCUGCUACUACUAUAACAACCUCUACCCUUAAUUCUAUGAAUGGUGCUUCCACCCCUACCCAUAUCCCCAUAAACUCUACUGACUCCAACGCUACCCAAACCGCAACUAACAAUACCAGCGCAACUAACUCUGUCAACUUCACUUCUACCUCAAGCCCCACUAACUCUACUAGUCCUAUCCCUACUUGCUCUACCAGCUCAACUUCCACUAACUGUGCUACUCACACUGCUACUAUCCCUACCAGUCCGAUCCCCAUUCUCUCUACUACUCACUCCCCCACUGCCACUUCUAUCCCCACUGCCACUCACUCAACUAAAUCCACCAAUAUUUCCUCCCCCACAUUCUCUUCUACUCACACCUCUACUAACACUACUAGUCCCAUCCCAACUAAUUCUACUAGCCUGGCCACUACCCCCACCCCCAUUAACUCUAUCCCCGUCACCACUAUCUCUACAAGCCCUUCUAAUAUCACCACUGCCACUAACUCUUCUGUCCCCAUCAGUACCCUCAACCCCACUACCUCUACUACCAGCACCCCCACUAACUCUUAUGUCCCCAUCAGUACCCUCAACCCCACUAACUCUACUACCAGCACCUCCACUAACUCUUAUGUCCCCAUCAGUACCCUCAACCCCACUAACUCUACUACCAGCACCCCCACUAACUCUUCAAAUCCCACCAACACCAAUAAACCUACUAACUCUACUACACACACCACUAUCCCAAUCCCCACUAAUUCUGCUACUCAUUGUCCCACUAACUAUUUUACUCAUAGCCCCACUAACUCUUCCAGUCCAACCCCCACUAACUCUACUAGCCCCACACCAACUAAUACUAUUCAACCAUCACCUGAGGAGAGAAUUAGCUCUAAUCCUGCAAUGGGACUGCUGUCCAUGACUAAGGGUACAAGUAAGUGUGUGUGUUCAAUAAUAAUAAUAAUAAUAAUAUUGCUUGAAAUGUGGAAGUAACCUGUUGAAAAUAACAUAUUUUUCCCCUCCCUUUCCUCUCCUACAGACGACCUGAAUGCUGAGAGGGUAGAGUGGAACAAGGAGAAAGAGAAGGAGCCAAGUAGCAAGGAAGAAGAUGGCAGGAGGGCCACAGAGAAAGAAAAAGAACAGAAAUCAUUGGCGCACUACAUAGGAGAAACCAUAAAAGAGGAGAGGGAAGAGGGUCUGCAGAAGGUGGAUGAGAUCAUGAGGCAGGGAGUAGAAGGGACCAAAUCAAAUGAGGGAAGAGAGCUGUGUAAAAAGGAUGGGGAUAAAAAGAGGGAAGGAGGGACCAAUGUGUCAGAUGAAAAAGAGUUCAAAACUAAGGAGGCGGUAGAGAGCAAGACAAACAAGGGACCAACUACUGUGAUAGAGGCAGGGGAGACCACAGUAAAAGAAACGGGGGGAGAGUCCAUGGGACUGAGUACAGGGACCACAUCACAGCAGCAAACCGCAGAGGGUGGAACAUCGGACCAAAGAACUGAGACCCCCUCUGUG